AUGAUACAUUAUUCGUUCUACUUUGCCCAACAGAUCCAUAUUCCUAGCGAUCCCAUGCAGCCAGGACUGAUUUAUUUUAAGACACCUCGCAAGUGUGGAAUUUUUGGUGUUAUGAGUGAAGCAAUACCCCGACAAGUAAACUAUCUAAUUGACGAGACAAAUGGUGUUGAUAAAGGAGCAAACACUACCGUCAGCUAUGUUCAUCACUAUUUGCAGAACUGUGAACUUGGUGAAACACAAGUUCAUCUUCAUGCAGACAAUUGCUCGGGACAGAACAAAAACAAUUACUUUAUCUGGUACCUAGCAUGGAGAACAAUCAUGCAAUUGUGCGAAUCAAUCAAUUACUCCUUCCUAAUUGCCGGUCACACAAAGUUUGGCCCUGAUCACAGCUUCGGAAUGAUCAAAAAAGCUUAUAAAAUGAAUUUUAUUUCCUCCCUAUACGAGUUUGCGGACAUAUGGGAUGGUUCAAGCCUCACUGGUGUCAACAAAGCACAACUGGUCGGAACACACGACGGAAGAAACAUUGUACCAGCUUACAAUUGGUCUUCACUUCUGGAGAACUAUUUCAUCAAAUUGCCGAACAUAAAAGAUAAGUAUUGUGUAACAGGCCAGUUCAACAGAGCUCGCUCCCAUCAUGACUUCCUGCUUGGUGAGGGUUGAUUUAAGAGUUAUAUUUUAUUCAUUGGUCAUGUUAUAAAGCACCAGCGAAUCGAUGGUUGAAAAAAACUUUACCACUGAAUUAGUUUUUAUGUCAAAAUUGAAACAACUUUUUCACACGAUGCUCUUUUUUUGUUUUUUCAUAUCUUAGCAAAGUUACAGUCAGGACACAGAAUCAAGCUGCAUUUACUUAACCGCUGACGGAACAUCGAUCUGUGAAAAUGACUCCGAUCUUUUGACAAUAGACGAAGAUGCUUUGAGCAGGAUGCAGGAACUAUUUCCAGUCAGCCCAGUUGUGCCGCCAACUGAACCACUGCAGCCAGCUCUUAUCAACAACAGUUCCACACCAGUGACAGAGGACCUCCGUGAGACUCGGCAGUCUGGGACAGAUCUGUACAAGUGUGCCAUUAACCUUCUUCCCAACUUUUUCACACCAGCUGAACUGGCGAUGAGCAACACGGACGGAAAUUUUGGCAAACAACUGCUAGACAAGACUAAACUCCAUACCCUGAAAGGUAAUUUAUAUCAAUUGAGUCUGGUUCGGUGCGGUCACAGUCGCUUAAAAGGAAGCUUUUCUUGUAACAACGGGUUUCACAAGUGGUGGUAGAGCUGAUCUCAUACAAGAGUGGUGAAGUGAUCUGUUGUUUAGGAAUUGUGUAUAUUGAUUUCCUCUUUUCUUCUUCUUUAGUGUUGAUCUUCACAACGUUUCCAGUUGGUCCCGAAGAUAUGCAAAAUAAAUGCCAAGUGUCGGUCGAAGAGAUUUGA